ACGUCACUACUUCCGUCACCAAAACAAACCCCGUCCUCGAUACGCGCCUCACAAACAUCUUCGUGGAUUAGGCUACUGACGGACGCUGCGAAGCCUCGACACAGAAGGACACAUCACUAACAGGAGAAGCUCAUUGUGCUCUGUGGAGAAAGGCCUCAAAGUGAUGACUUUUAUAGAAUGAGCUACAUAAAGAAAUGAGGGGAAAGGCGGAACUCCCCUCACAGGCAGAAUGAAAGCAGAGCAAGAGGAGGAACUUUCUCCUUUCAUGGAAAACGAGCGAAGACACAAACUACUGUAUGCUGCUUUUAACCCUGAAGUCCGACUGAACAGAUUAGAUGUCCAGCAGCUGUUGGUUAAAGAAGAGGUCCCCCCUGAGUGGAGCCCCAGCCUGGACCAGAAGGACCCAGAGCUCCUCCAGAUUAAAGGGGAACAGGAAGAACUCCGGAUCAGUCCAGAGGGAAAGCAGCAUAAUGGUCUGGAGGAGGCCGAUAUCACCAGGUUUCCAUUCACUGUGGUUCCUGUGAAGUGUGAAGAUGAAGAAGAGAAAUGUGAGUGUUCACUGCUUCAUCACAGCCAAGUGGAGGACAACAGAGAGGCAGAGCAUCCAGCCAGCAGCUCAGCUGUGCAGAUAAAACCAGAAACUGAUGGAGAGGACUGUGGAGGAUCAGAACCAGCCAGGAAGAGAGAGCCAGACAGUCAUUCACAACCAAACACUGAUGAUGAAAAGAAUUCAGUCUCUCCUGAGACUGAAAUUCAUAACAAUGACUGGCAAGACCCUUUGUCAGAUUCUGAACUUGAACCUGAAGACAGUGAUGAUGACUGGAUGGAGACCAGGUCACCUGAGUCUGCUGUUAAUGCUCUGAAAUAUGAGGAAACUCCUGUAAGUGAUGUGACAUGUAACACUGAGAAAAAGUCCUUUAGCCUCACCAGCAGCUUGGAUAGUAAAAAAUGUUUUAGAGAGAAGCAAAAGUCGAACACCCAGACCAGAGUCCCCUCAGGAGAGAAACGAUUUGGUUGUGAUAAUUGUGGGAAAAGAUUUACACAGCAGGGAAAUCUGAAGUCACACAUGAGAAUUCACACAGGAGAGAAACCAUUUGGUUGUGAUGUUUGUGGAAAAAGAUUUACAGAACAGGGAAGUCUGAAGAAACACAUGAGAAUUCACACAGGAGAGAAACCAUUCGGUUGUGAUGAUUGUGGGCAAAGAUUUACACAUCAGGGAAGUCUGAUGUCACACAUGAGAAUUCACACAGGAGAGAAACGAUAUGGUUGUGAGGAAUGUGGGAAAAGAUUUAGACAUCGGGAAAAUCAGAAGAGACACAUGAGAAUUCACACAGGAGAGAAACCAUUUGGUUGUGAGGAAUGUGGGAAAAGAUUUGCAAGUCAGGGAAGUCUGAAGUCACACAUGAGAAUUCACACAGGAGAGCAACCAUUUGGAUGUGAUGUUUGUGGGAAAAGAUUUACAGAGCAGGGAAGUCUGAAGAAACACAUUAGAAUUCACACAGGAGAGAAGCCGUUUGGUUGUGAUGAUUGUGGGAAACGAUUUAUACGGAGGGCCCAGUGGAAUUUACACAUGACAGUUCACACGGGAGAGAAACCAUUUGGUUGUGAUGAUUGUGGGAAAAGAUUUAUAGAGCAGGGAAGUCUGAAGAAACACAUGAGAAGACACACAGGAGAGAAACCAUUUGGUUGUGGUGAAUGUGGGAAAAGAUUUACAGAAAAUGGAAGUCUUAAGAGACACCUGAGAGUUCACACAGGAGAGAAACCAUUUGGUUGUGAUGCUUGUGGGAAAAGAUUUACAGACCAGGGAAUUCUGAGGAAGCAUGUGAGAAUUCAUGCAGGAAAGCAAAUUUUAACCAACACCUGGUGUCCCUCUCACAUGAAGAGUUACUCACUGCUGCCCCUCAGUGGUGAGGACAGAAAUGAGGGGAAAGGCAGAACUCCCCUAACAGACAGAAUGAAAGCAGAGCAAGAGGAGGAACUUUCUCCUUUCUUGGAAAACGAGGGACGACACAAACUACUGCAUGCUGCUUUUAACCCUGAAGUCCGACUGAACAGAUUAGAUGUCCAGCAGCUGUUGGUUAAAGAAGAGGUCCCCCAUGAGUGGAGCCCCAGCCUGGACCAGAAGGACCCAGAGCUCCUCCAGAUUAAAGGGGAACAGGAAGAACUCCGGAUCAGUCCAGAGGGAGAGCAGCAUAAUGGUCUGGAGGAGGCCAAUAUCACCAGGUUUCCAUUCACUGUGGUUCAUGUGAAGUGUGAAGAUGAAGAAGAGAAAUGUUCACUGCUUCAUCACAGCCAAGUGGAGGACAACAGAGAGGCAGAGCGUCCAGCCAGCAGCUCAGCUGUGCAGAUAAAACCAGAAACUGAUGGAGAGGACUGUGGAGGAUCAGAACCAGCCAGGAAGAGAGAGCCAGACAGUCAUUCACAACCAAACACUGAUGAUGAAAAGACUUCAGUCUCUCCUGAGACGGAAAUCCAUUAUGGUGACUGGCAAGACCCUUUGUCAGAUUCUGAACCUGAACCUGAAGACAGUGAUGAUGAUUGGAUAGAGACCAGGUCACCUGAGUCUGCUGUGAAUGCUCUGAAAUAUGAGGAAGCUCCUGUAAGUGAUGUGACAUCUAACACUGUGAGAAAGUCAUUUAGCCUCACCAGCAGCUUGGAUAGUAAAAAAUGUUUUAGAGUGAAGAAAAAGUCGAAUACCCAGACCAGAGUCCCCUCAGGAGAGAAACGAUUUGGUUGUGAUAAUUGUGGGAAAAGAUUUACACAGCAGGUAAAUCUGAAGUCACACAUGAGAAUUCACACGGUAGAGACAAAAUAUGGUUGUAAGGAAUGUGGGAAAAGAUUUAGACAUCGGGAAAAUCUGAAGAGACACAUGAGAAUCCACACAGGAGAGAAGCCAUUUGGUUGUGAGGAAUGUGGGAAAAGAUUUGCAAGGCAAGGAAGUCUGAAGUCACACAUGAGAAUUCACACAGGAGAGAAACCAUUUGGUUGUGAUGUUUGUGGGAAAAGAUUUACAGAGCAGGGAAGUCUGAAGAAACACAUGAGAAUUCACAGAGGAGAGAAAAGAUUUGUUUGUGAUGAUUGUGGAAAAAGAUUUACACACCAUGCAAGUCUGAAGUCACACAUGAGAAUUCACACAGGAGAGAAACCAUUUGGUUGUGAUGUUUGUCGAAAAAGAUUUAGAGAGCAGGGAAGUCUUAAGAGACACAUGAGAAUUCACACAGGAGAGAAACCAUUUGGUUGUGAUGAUUGUAGGCAAAGAUUUACACAUCAGGGAAGUCUGAUGUCACACAUGAGAAGACACACAGGAGAGAAACCAUUUGGUUGUGGUGAAUGUGGGAAAAGAUUUAGAGAUCAGCAAAAUCUGAAGAAUCAUAUGAGAGUUCACACAGGAGAGAAACUAUUUAGUUGUGAUGAUUGUGGGAAAAAGUUUACACAACACGGAAGUCUUAAGAGACACCUGAGAAUCCACACAGGAGAGAAACAAUUUGGUUGUGAGGAAUGUGGGAAAAGAUUAGCAAGUCUGGGAAGUCUGAAGUCACACAUGAGAAUUCACACAGGAGAGAAACCAUUUGGUUGUGAUGUUUGUGGGAAAAGAUUUACAGAGCAGGGAAGUCUGAGGAAACAUAUGAGAAUUCACACAGGAAAGAAACCAUUUGGUUGUGAUGAUUGUGAGAAAAGAUUUACAGAGCAGGGAAGUCUGAAGAAACACAUUAGAAUUCACACAGGAGAGAAACCAUUUGGUUGUCAUGAUUGUGAGAAAAGAUUUACAGAGCAGGGAAGUCUGAAGAAACACAUGAGAAUUCACACAGGAGAGCACCCAUUCGGUUGUGAUGUUUGUGGGAAAAGGUUUACAGAGCAGGGAAGUCUGAAGACACACAUGAGAAGACACACAGGAGAGAAACCAUUUGGUUGUGGUGAAUGUGGGAAAAGAUUUCCACAAAACGGAAGUCUUAAGACACACCUGAGAGUUCACACAGGAGAGAAACCAUUUGGUUGUGGUGCUUGUGGGAAAAGAUUUACACAGCAGGGAAGUCUAAGGAAACAUAUGAGAAUUCACGCAGGAAAGCAAAUUUUAACCAACACCUGAAAGACCACAAAUAAAAGAAACCUUUCUUUUCAGUUUCAGAGUCUGAGCAGCUUUCAUUCUUUUUUAUCGUUCCAUGUCUUAUUUUUUCUUUCUCCUGUGUUUGUUUAAUAGUAUAAUAAAUGUUUCUAAUUAAUAUGUGAAAGUUGUUUGUAAAUGAGAGGGAAUGAAAUAGUGUGUUUAACAUAAUUUUCUAUUAAUACUUUUUUGGUACUAAAAAACUUUCAUUUACAGCUCCCAUACUUUCUUCUGUAUUUUUCUUGAAAUAACUGUAUGUGACUGUAAACACCCUAACUGACGAUUAUCAGUGGAGAAAGUGCAUUAUUUAGUUGCCAAUUUUAAUUAAAAUAUACUGUAAACUA